UAUGUCAUUGGUACCUACAUGUAACCACAACCAGGCUCCUCCCCAGCACGACACAUAACAGAAUAGCAGGCAUAUUGGAAAUCUAAGUACUAGUUUAAUCAGCAACAGGCUGGUCACACAGCUUUAUCUUUCCAGAUAUCCCCUGGACAGGACAGAGGUUACAUUAGUUCAAUUAUGCAUGGUUUAAUGAUCAACUUAAUCAGUUUGCCUUUUCUGAAGUGAACAGGAGUAUAUAUAGGUUAAAAUGUUUAACUUAGAACCACCAUACAGCAAAAUUUGUAACUAGGGAAAACAUCUAUGUUCAAAACUACCUUAGGACAUUGGAAACCGACAACAUGAAAAUAGCUGUCAUCUUUCUUUUUAUUGCCCCUUUUGCUAUUUCAAGUAGUCUUGACAAAGACUAUUCUUCCUUUGAUUCUGCAUCUCCUGAGCCAAAACCAAGAUUUGCCAUGUUAGAUGAUGUGCGGAUUUUAGGUAAUGGACUUCUCCAGCUUGGACACGGCCUUAAAGACUUUGUCCACAAGACCAAGGGGCAAAUGAAUGACAUCUUUCAAAAACUUAACAUAUUUGACAAGUCCUUUUAUGAGCUCUCACUGCAAACCAGUGAAAUCAAGGUAGAAGAAGAAGAGCUCAGAAAAACAACUUCCAGAUUACAGGCCAACAAUGAAGAGAUAAGGAAUAUAUCACUAGAGUUGAACUCAAAGAUUGAAGACCUAUUACAUCACAAGAUUGAGCUUCAAGAGAAAAUAGGAGGGCUGGAAGAGAAAGUAAUUAAAUUAGUCCACAUUCAGCCUGAAAUUCAAGAAUCGAAAGAAAUGACUUCACUCAAAAAUUUUGUACAGCAACAGGAUACCCACAUUAGGCAACUACUCAAAGUUGUACAAGAACAGCACUCACAACUUGAUAAACAGCACAAUCAAAUAAGGGAGCUGGAAGAAAAGCUAAGCAAUACAGAUUUCCACGAAAACACAGAGAGUUCAUUUUCUCUGAAGCAAAUGGAACCUAGGAUCAUUCCCUUUCCUUCACAUAAUUCUACAGCUCCAGCACAAGUUAAAGGUCUUGCUACUGACUGCACUGCCCUUUACAAGAGAGGUGAACGGACCAGUGGCAUUUACUCUAUUAAGCCCAACGGAUCUGAAGCUUUCAAUGUCUUUUGUGAAGUGAAAACUGACAGCUCCUGGACAGUAAUUCAAAACAGAGUUGAUGGAUCACUAGAUUUCAACCAAACCUGGGAGAGCUACACCAAUGGUUUUGGUGACCUCAAUGGGGAAUUUUGGUUGGGACUAGAGAAGAUAUAUUCCAUUGCUAACCAAGCUGACUACAUUUUACGUAUUGAGCUGAAAGACUGGAGAGAUAAUAAACACUACGUCGAAUACACAUUCACAUUGGGAAGUUCAGAAACAGACUACACACUUCUUCUUUCAGAGACCUUAGGAAAUAUUUCCAAUGCACUGCCUGAACAAACAAAACUGAGGUUCUCCAUAAUGGAUCAUGACAACGCUACAAGGAGAGAUUUCAACUGUCCACAAAGAUAUUCAGGUGGCUGGUGGCACAGAGCAUGUGGGGAAACAAAUCUGAAUGGAAAAUAUAUCAAUCCAAGAUCAGAGGGAAAACUGGAAAGGAGACGAGGAAUAUACUGGAAGCCUCAGAAAGGAAGAUUCUACUUGAUCAAGUCAACCAAACUGAUGAUACAUCCUACAGAUCUGGAAAGUUUUGAAUGAGCCUUCAUAUUGAUGUGUUUCAUCAAAUACAUAUACACUGAACAUUCAACAUAUCAUGAACUAAUAAUCAGGGCUGUAUGCCCAAAUACAAGGCACAGAUUCCAUACUAUUCAAUGACACAACAAGGAGCAAUCUGUUAUGGUCUUAUAGUAUAUGUUGAGACUAUUGUUAUUUUUUCAAAUAGUAACAUAUUUCAAGUUCAAAACUAUCUACGCAUCCCAACUGUUGAACACUAGUACCUAGAAACUGGACUUGCUUUGAUAUUUGAGCAGAUUAUACUGCAUGCAAACAAGAAUUUUCAGGCCAAUGCAUUCAUUUCUGGAUUUUGUAGAGGAGACUAUGCAACAUGUUUCAAUAAAAUAACAGACUGAUGGAAUUUCACAGAAAACAUUUAAGCAUUAGUUUUGAAGAAAAAAAGUACUUUAUAAAAAGUAACUAGAUUCAAGUACAUUGUAACCUCUGAACGCGGGGGGAGGAAGGGGAAAGGUGUCCCUAAUUUGGGAACACUCAUGAUAUGAACACUGGCAAGUGGAGGCAGAAUCAGCUCUGUGCACUGCCACUCUCCUUCCGUCCAGCUGGGAGAAUGGCAGUGCAGUGACACGCUGUGCCGGAGGCUUUUCCAUGCCAUUCCCAUAGUGGCGGGGGAAGUGCAUGGGAGCAGGGGACUGGGAGCACCAGGAAAAGUGCCCUGUCCCCACCCUUUUUCCCAGGGUUGCUGGAUUAAAGAGGUUCAAGUGUACUAUAGUCUUAGACUAUAUCUAUCCUUAAAUGAAUUGGCAGAUAAUUCUGCAUUUUAUGGCACUCUGUGUUUAAAUGUGAACAUUAAAUUCUGUAUCUUGUGCCAUAUCUUCAUAGUUAUGCUCAUGUCACUAUGAAAACUGCAUAUCUGGAAAUCCAGAAUAUGAAUAUGAAACUAAUCUUUAAUAUUAUACUUUUAAGAAUAAUUCUUAGGUCCUGAUCCAAAGACUGCUGUUAGUUUUUCGCAUGGAUUUCAAUGGGCUUUCUAUCAGUCACCUUUUGGAAUUCCUUGGAAUCAACUGGACAAACAGCUGUGUUUGAAACAGACCAAUUACCUUUAAUAUAAAUAGAAACCAGCCCUGCAUCCUGUACCAAUUGAAGUUAAUGGUGCGACUCAACUAAUCACAUUGGUAAAGAUUAAAAGACUCUGCAGGACCUUCAGUCCCAAUCCUGCAAAUACUCAUCUGCAUAAUUUUACCCAAAUGAGGAUUUCGAGAAGCCAAUGGGACUAUUCAGGCGUGUGUGUCUGCGUUUGCACGGUAGGAGCCAUAGAAUGUGAAUAUAUUCAGUCAUAUUGACUUUUCUAUCGUAUCUAACUGUACUGUAAGAAUUUUGUCAUAUUUUAACACUUGUAAUCACUAAAAUAAAUCAAUUUUUUAAAACUAUAUUUUGUCAAAAUGAAAACAAGGUUGAGGAUAAAUAGCAAAUUACAGCAAAACCAAGCAUUCAUUCAAUUCAAGGUCUGAUGCCGAUGAAACUCCCUCAUUACAAUCAAAGUAACAGGAUCAGUCAAGAGAUACCGCACAUUUGUACUGGAAAUGUUUGAUUGUUUGUCUGACACUUUAAAAAUCAAGAAAGAAAAUUUCCAUCAAGAAACUAAUUUGUAACAUGAAUAAAAGAAUUUUAAAGGGAUUAGUUUUCUAUGUGUUGGUUGUACCCAUAUAGGGGUUUGUUUAGUUCCCAAAGACCAAGGAGACCCAUAUCAGCUUAGAAGAAAGGUAGUCUGGGGAUGAGGAUAAAAAAACUGUCUUGGUGCUGCUUAAAAUCCUCAGUACAGAUCUCAAAUGCCUGUCAGCAUCCUUGGAAGACCAGAAAGGGCAGGACUGUCACACCAGUACUUCCCACCAGCUUGUCCUCUUCCACCCUACACCCAGGACGGGAUCUUCACUCCCCUGCCCAGCCCCGCUGUAACAAUGCCUGAGUGAUAAAUCUACCAAUGGCAGCUAUUCAGACUGUACUUUGAAGCCCUCCAAUUUCAAUGCUCUGGAGUCAGGUAUUUUCACUGCUAACAGACUAAUUCAUAGACACAAACUAAUUCACUGUCCAACCAAGAAAAGCCAUCGUUUCCUGGAUAAGUCCCAGUCGCUAGACCCAAAGAAGCCUGCCAACAUUUGGGGAAAAAAGCCAUGAGAGAUGUCCUGCCCCAGGGAGCAAGGAGUUGGGUCUGCAGAAAGGUUCAAACAUACAGGCCAUGGGAACGAUGGGAUAGCCUUGGUGGCCUAUUCAAAUGUGAGCUCAGCAACAUUUGUUUUAGCUUCACCCUCACUGCAAAGUGAGACACACACUUCAGUAAGACAUGGAUACAGGAUAGAGGGCAUAAAUAUAUGCAUCAAUGACUUGAUGCAUGGAUGGUAGGAUGGGAUUGGGCUAAAUCACAUGUCAGACCUGCAGUUUAUAGACACAUCAUCAAAGGACUUCAACACUAGCUAUUUCUAGUUCAACUCCUUGGUAAAAAAAACCUCCAGCAGAAGAGAGGGUCUUGACUGGCAGGUAUAGUCCCUCACUUUAGAACCCUAACAUCUGACCCUCAAGAUUCCAUGAUGAAGAGUGUGAGCUGGGUUCUCCUCUCUCUCCUUUUACUUCCUUCAUCUCCUUUCCCCUCUAUCACAGAAAGAAAACGAGCCCUGUGUCACCUUUCUGGCUCCCUCCUCCACCCCCCAUCUCUGAAAGAGAGACUCCCAAGUGAGCAGAAACAAUCAUGCUCUCAGCCCACCAUCAUCUCCUAAUUGCCAGGCUUUGAGCUAAUAGCUGGGUCCUGGAUCAAGCCACUUAUGCUUAGUCCAUCCUUACCAAAUGACUGCAGCCUUCUAGCAUGAUACAAAAGGGAAGCACGGGAGAUUAGGAUGGCCAGUGAAGAGAAGAAUGAAAUAAUUUUGAAGGGUAAAGAAAGACUGGUUGUCCAGAGAAGAACACAACCUCUUUUCCCCCCUAAAAUCAGCAUGUCCUCCCAGGAGUGUAAUGAGGAUAAAUUCAUUACAAAUUGUGAGGUGCUUAAAUAUUAUGGUAAAGGGGGCAAUAUAAAUACAGCAAAUGAAAUAGCUAAAGAAUAUAUCUUCAGAAAGAGUUUAAAUGGGUAGCUGGUAAUAAAAACAUUUGUUAUAUACAUAAAUCUGGGAGAAUGUUUUGGUCUUGCAAUGUAAAGUGCUGCUUUUCUACAUGAUCUGCAGGUUAUUAGUGCAAUUUCAAUGCAGGUACUUGAUUUUUAAAUAAGUUUAAUCAUUUGACUAGCCAUAGGAUUUAUAUCUGAAUAUGUAUCUGAGAAUUAUGAACAGGUGAACAAAAUAUUUAUUGUGACUAUAUUAAAGUAUUUAUUGGAGCUCUAUGAAAUGUUUAUACUCAAAUGUGAUGCAGAGAUGUGAACCGGUAAAAUGACGUGGCAGAAAAGGACAGCCCCAGUCAGUAAUGCAUUUUAUUCAGGGGUUUGUGUAUUUUUUUUAAGUAAACUUAGAAAAUAAAGGCAGCUAAUCUGUCUUCUACCCUGGAGGUAACAAUUGGUCAAAAAUGGUAGAUUAUUCUUAAUCUUUUCAUAAAUUUUUUAUUUUCAU